AUGGGUGCCGUCGUCUCUUGCAUCGGCUCGCUGUUCCGCACCGUCGGGCGCGUAAUCAUGGCCAUCAUCAACGGCAUCGGCUCCAUCAUCAUGGCGAUCGUCAACGGCGUCGUGACGUUCCUCGACAUCAUCGUCGGCUUCCUCACGUGCCAGGGCUGCGGCGGCCGCCGCGGCGGCAGGCGCAGGAUGGGACGCACGCAUCACCACACGAGUACUAUCUGA